CUCUCUCACCAUCCAUCCAAGCUUCCUCUGAAGGCGCACCUCCUCGACUCAACAGUUUACGACAUAACCUCCAGCACAUUCCCCCACUCUCCUCACGCCCCCCCCCCAAACCCACCCUCAGCAUACACGCCAUGGCCGUACGUUGCCAAUUUGAAAACUCCAGCGAGAUUGGUGUCUUUGCCAGUCUGACCAAUUCCUACUGUCUAGUAGCAGUAGGCGGAUCAGCCAACUUCGCCUCCACCUUUGAAGCGGAGCUGCAAGAUGUGAUACCGGUCAUCUUCUGCACCAUUGCCGGUACGCGUCUAGUGGGUCGAUUGACCGUGGGCAACAGACAUGGUCUGCUCGUUCCCAGCACCACGACGGAUCAGGAGCUGCAGCAUCUCAGAAACAGUUUGCCUGAUCAGGUGGCUAUUCAGAGAGUGGAAGAGAGACUGUCGGCUCUUGGAAACGUCAUUGUUUGCAAUGAUUACGUGGCGCUCGUGCACCCAGACCUGGACAGGGAAACCGAGGAAAUCAUAGCAGAUGUGCUCAAAGUGGAAGUGUUCAGGCAGACUGUCGGCGACAACGUCCUCGUAGGUUCCUACGCUUCCCUGACAAAUCAAGGCGCGCUAGUGCAUCCCAAGACAUCGCUGCAAGAUCAAGACGAGCUAUCCUCCUUGCUUCAAGUGCCCGUCAUUGCAGGAACAGUCAAUCGAGGAUCCGAACUGAUCGGAGCUGGAUUGUUGGUCAACGACUUUGCAGCGUUUGCGGGAUUGGAUAGCACGGCGACGGAAUUGUCCGUCAUCGAAGCGGCCUUCAAGAUCAAUCAGGCGGGCGGAAGCGGAGUGGUCGACGAACUCAGAGACGCGCUCGUCGAUACGUAUGCGUAGCUGUAGUGCGCAGAGCCCCGUCAAUGAGAAUCUGCUGCUACACAGUCGAAGCAUUGCGAUUGGCAUUUGCGAUGCUGCUCGGGGAUCCGUCGAGUGUUGUUGGCGCUCAAGACGCACAGACGAGGAUAAGGGGCGGUUUCGUUGUUCAUUAACAUGGCCGGUGCUUGGGAUUGACUGGAACAGGUGAUGAAUCG